AUGGGAAUUAUUCUAAACUUGCUUGUGGCUUUGGCCGCUGGGGUGAAAUAUGUAGUAGGCCAGAAUGAAUACGACUACGUUGUCGUAGGCUCAGGGCCGGGUGGUGGGCCCCUCGCAGUCGAACUGGCGAAGUCCGGUCACUCAGUGCUUCUGCUAGAAGCUGGAACAGACCUUUCUGAAGAUCCGAUGUAUCAAGACCUCGGAAAAGCUACCGAAGCCAGCAAUGAUCCAAGAUCUAGGUGGGAUUUCUUCGUGAAGCACUCCGAUGAUCCCGAGAGGGAGCUGAAAUACGAACACACGACAUGGCGUACUACUAACGGUUCUUUCUAUGUUGGAUUAGACCCUCCUGAGGGAUCAGAACACCUUGGGAUCUGGUAUCCGAGAUCAGCAACCCUGGGCGGGUGUGCGAUGAAUAACGCCGCCAUACUUCACAUGCCGAGUGAUGAUAACUGGGACUAUAUCGCUAAUAUUACAGGCGAUAGCUCGUGGAAAGCUUCUGAGAUGAGGAAGAUCUAUGAAGAGAUUGAAAAUUGCCAUUACUUACCGAACGGUACGGUAGGCCAUGGCUUUUCAGGAUGGCUCGAAACUAACCAAGAUAAUGGCUCCUGGUUGAGUAAUGCCACCGACGGUGCUACAAUUCUGAGAGCUAUAGCAGAGCUAUCUGAUUCAGUAGCGAAUAAUACUGGUUCUAUCAUAUCAGAUGCCGAGCUGAAGGCUCUUCUAAAUCGAGAUAUCAAUGGAGCCGAGCCGAACCGCGACCAGAUGACGGGUGUUUUCGCCAUGGCUACGCAUACAAAUUCCAUCGGUCGGCGUUUCAGCCCAGCAAACUAUAUCAAGAAGGCAUUUGAAGAGAACCCAGAUCUUCCACUGACUGUUCAGCUUAACGGAUUCGUAACAAAUAUCUCGUGGGAUCUUCUCCAGGAAUGGGAACCUCCCGCCGUCAUGUCGGUAGAUUACGUUAUCGGUCCGAGCGCGUAUAAAGCUGAUCCCCGGUACGACCCGGCUCGAAACGCUACCGCAAGCUUUGCCUGGGUUGGUAAAGAGUUGAUCAUCUCCGCGGGGACGUUUAAUACUCCUCAAAUACUGAAGCUUAGCGGUGUUGGUCCAGCGGAAGAGCUAAAGAAGCACAACGUCACUGUGAUAGCGGAUGUGUCGGGAGUCGGAGAAAACCUUGGGGAUAACUACGAGUCAGGCGUGUUGUCUCUCGCAUUAAACCCGGUUGAGGGGUUUGGUAAAUACUAUGCCGUGCAGCUUAAAACGGCAGCUUCAAAGAAAAAUCGCGACAUAUUUCUAUGGCCUACAAACUCCGCAUUUGAUGGGUUCUGGCCCGGGUAUCCCUCAAAUCGAGGCCCAAGAGCAUUCACCGUUCCAUUCGUCCAUAUGGACCCCCAAAGUUCGAAUAGGGGAACAGUCACUCUUCGCUCUACAGAUCCAUUUGAACCACCAGAUGUAAAUUUUCGAUUCUUUGAAGGCGAUAGCGAUGAUGAUUUGCAAGCUAUGGUAGAAGCUGUCAAAUUCGGCCAGGAAAUAAAGAGGUUGCUUCCGGAAAGCUCCGGCUUGACCCCUUUCGAAGAACUUCACCCUUGUGCAAACGGAGCCAAUUGCACUGACGAAUAUAUCAAAGAAUAUCUCAAGUUACAGGCUUAUUCACAUCAUGCGACAGGAACAUGUGCAAUUGGCAGCGUGCUGGACUCGAGAUUCCGCGUCAAGGGAGUGAAACGUCUUCGUGUGGUUGACGCUUCGGUUUUCCCGAAGCCACCAGGUGCAUUCCCAAUCCUUCCAACAUUCAUGAUAGCUCAAAAGGCGGCUAGAAACAUAUUAGAGGAUGCUGAUGGAAUGAAGUAA